AUGGUCCCUCACAUGUGGAUCGGCAUUGGUGUGGCCGGCCUUCUGGCGCCGACAAUCUGCUCCCAAUCUUUGCCCAAGUUUGCCCCAACGGGCCAAGGUCAAGCUGUCGGUCGGAGGGCGUUAGCUGCCAGCCUGGAGCAGCGGACUAAAUUCCCCAGAGCGCCCUGCACGGUCCGCGAUGCCCUCAACAUUGAGGCUCCCAAAGAGAACAUCUGGGGAGAGCUGUCGGGACCAGAAACCGCCACCAUUGUUGCGUGGCUCUUCGCUCAGAAGGAACUCAAUCUGACCACCGUUGAGAAUGCUGGAAGCUGGGACAACACACUGCUUUCAGUUGAGUUGAUGCACCCCAACAAGACCGAUGCCCUUGCAUAUAUCGACCGUAACGGCACCGCUCCUGUCCGAUAUGCUCGCGCAGUUAUCAACAACCAGGCCACUGAGGAGCCCUACUAUCAAGAUUUGUUGGUCGGCCCUCUUCCUGUUGUCAAUGGCACUACACAUUGGGAGCCGUUGGAAUAUCCCUUCACAAGGAAGACUCAAGGCCGUGUGCGCAAUCUUGCGGCUGAUGUCUACACUGUCUUCGCCAAGUGGACAUUAGAGGUCAGUGCAAAUGUCUCCGAUAUCACUCUCGAUUUGUGGAAUGCAACCGCGCUGGGACUCGACAACGACAGUAUUGCUAUUGGCAGUAUCGACCCAUUAUACCAGGACGGUGACCGUAUCAGGCGAUGGGACGGCUUCUGGAGCCUCCCCCAGUCUAUCUUUGCUUCCAGUUCCAUGACGCCAAUGGGCCUCUAUUUCAUGUCUGAUACUACUGGACGAGACCCUUCAAAGUGGUUCGUCGAGGGCUGGUAUUAUAAUGGCAUUUUCUACGAGUCCACUGAAGAGUUCCGCGAUGCUUACUGGAGUGGAAAAGUCGAGAAGUUGGGAGGCAACUUCGACGGCCCUUGGGCCCACACAGAUCAGCAAGGCGAUAUCCUCCCUCAGGACGUUUUAUCGCCGCCCGUGACUGUUGCUCCCCAAGGAGCCCGGUACUCUGUUGAUGCCAAACGGAAAUAUGUCGAGUGGAUGGGCUGGUCGUUCUAUAUCGGCUUUAGCCGCGAUUCUGGUAUGAUCUUGAACGAUAUAAGAUACAAGGGGAAGAGAAUCAUCUACGAGCUUGGCCUGGAGGAAGCUCUUUCUCACUACGCUGGUAGCGACCCUAUCCAGUCGCAUACCGCCUACCUUGAUGGUUACUAUGGCUUCGGCCCGUACUCGUUUGAGCUGCUCAAGGGCUACGACUGCCCAGACUACGCCACCUACCUUAACUCAACCUUUUACGUGUCAGAGACGUCCCGCACCCAUAUAAAUAAUAUCUGUGUGUUUGAAGCGGAGAGUGAUUUCCCCCUGGCCCGUCAUAGCGCUGCGAAAUACGUUGCGGCAACCAAGAACAUCAAAUUCGUCGUCCGCUCCAUCUCAACCCUUGGCAACUACGACUAUCUCUUCAGCUAUUCUUUCUUCAUGGACGGCUCUCUUGCCAUUGAAGUGCGCGCCUCUGGUUACAUCCAGGCUGCCUUCUACGCCAAGAACGAAGACUAUGGCUUCCACAUCCAUGAUCAGCUGUCGGGUUCUAUGCACGACCAUGUCCUCAACUUCAAGGCUGAUUUUGAUAUCCUUGGUACCGAUAACACGGUCGAGCUCAUCAAGCAAGUGCCGUUCACGACCACCUACCCUUGGUCCAAGGGCAAAGUCUUCAAUACGAUGAAGAUCGAGCGGUCAUUCAUCGAGAAUGAGGACGAGGGACGAUUCAACUGGGCUCCUAAUGCCCAGGCUCAGGUCGUCGUUGUCAACCGCGACGAACCCAACCGGUUCGGCGAGCCCCGAGGCUACCGCAUUCUGCCAUACACAGGCACCGCGCACCUCACGGUUGAGAAUUCGACUGUUCUACACAACGCCUCCAACUGGGCUCGCCAUGAUAUCAUGGUCUCGCAGCGCAAGGAUACAGAGCCCCAUAGCAUACACCGGUACAACAAUCAAGAUACCCACGACCCGCCCGUCAAUUUUGAUAACUUUUUCGACGGGGAGAGCCUCAACCAGACGGAUCUGGUUGUUUGGUUCAACCUCGGCAUGCAUCAUAUCCCCCAUACAGGCGAUCUCCCCACGACUGUCUUCACCACGGCUCACUCGGGUAUCCAGUUCAUGCCCUCCAACUACUUCGAGGUCGGCCCCAACCAAGAGACAAUCAACAUGGUACGGGUCGACUAUAGUGACGGCAAGGUCACGGACGUGGUGAAUUUUGGCUCCUCGAAGGAGACAUGUGAGCUGUCCUACGAGCCAUCGUUUCCCGACCUCUGGGAGUACAAGGGCGAUGUCGUGGUGCGUAAGUUCCCGUACAUGCCUAACGAGCCUUACUAUGCAAGUCCAGGAUCACAAGGCUCUAGUUAG